AUGGCCACAACCCUGUACAAAGGUCAAGUUCCUUCCCGUGUUAAAGGUCAGACCACCUGUAUCCACCACAAGGGGAGACAACUCGACCUGUACUGUGAACAAUGUAAGGAACUUGCGUGCACACAAUGUUUAUCCAAUGUACACAACAGCCAUGCAAUGUGUGAGCUUCGUGAAAUCAUUCCCCAAAAGAAGCAGGGCAUUACAGACUUCAUAGACAAAACUGAGAAUGUUGGCCUUUCAAGAAUCGGCCAAUUCAUCAUUUCUACCAAUACACACCUCAAGGACAAUGCCAGCACAUUCGAACAACUUUCACAGGAGUUAAAAAAUCAAACAAACAAAUUAAAAGAAGGUCUUGACAGACUAACAACACAAACACUGUCUCUGUAUCAAACAAUGAGGGAGGAAAACACCAAACUACUACACCAAUACAAACAGGACCUGGACAGGUACGACACCCAGCUGAAACACAUGAUAGUAAAAUGCAAGACAGUACUUCAGCUUGGAUCUAACCUAGAUAUUUAUGAUACAGACUACGAGAUAACAAAUUCUCAUGCCACACGUCCUGUAAAACCUACCCUGGACAUCCCCUGCUUUACUCCAAACCGAUAUCCCGAGACUCAUCUGAAACUAGCCUUUGGAGAUAUUUCCACGACAGAUCAAGGUGUAUGUCAGGGUCAAGGUUCAGCGGAACAUGGUCGGUCAGUUGGAUGGUCUGCUGACAGAAGAUCAGCGGAAGAUUCAAGGCAUGGCCACACGUUGUUACCUUCGGAAUGGCAGGCUCCGUGUGAUAUCUCCUCUACAUGUCCUAUCAUUGGUGGUCAGUUGUGGACAAGGUUUCUUCGCACACUGACUCUCCUGGACAGGAAAGGUCAGGUGGUUGAGAAGGUCGAACACAGUGACCAGAUCAAAGACAUCAGUCUGUCACCCACAACAAACACACUAUGGGUGUGUGAUCUCAAAAACAGCAUCAUGGAGCUGGUAUCAGGACAUCUUACACACAGAUUCAGCACCGACGAGAGACCUAGAUGUUUAUGCGUUACUGCCCAUGAACGUGUAAUCGUAGGGAUGACCAAAGGCAUCUCAAUAUUUACCACAAAAGGCGAAACAGAGUUAACUACAAUGUCUGAAGGAGCGGAGAAGCCAUUAGUGCGCUCACCAUACAGGAUCUCGGAAUGUCCAGUCACCCACAACAUCGCCGUGGUUGAUGGAAAUUUCAAAAGUGAUGGCGGGGAUGCGAAACAACAAGUUGUCGUUAUGAAUAUGUACUUUAAGAAAAUGUUUGUUUAUGGUGGUGACAUCCCAAGGGAAUAUGCAACACCGAAUCGGAAACCAUUUAAUCCCUCUGAUGCGGCCUAUGACAGUGUAGGGAACCUAGUCAUAGGAGACUUUAACAACUGUUGUGCCCUCCUCCUCAGUGGUCGGGGCGUGUUCCUCAGGAUCAUUCACACGGACACAGCCAAACUGAUGGCUGUUGGCAUAGACCAUAAAGAGGAUGCUGUGUGGGCUGUGAUUGGAUUGAGGAAUGUUAAACGACUACCAUACAGCAAACUGUAUUAA